AUGUCCUCCCCCAAGGGCCCCCUCUAUAUCGGCUUCGACCUCUCCACCCAACAACUAAAAGGGCUCGUCGUAAACUCCGAUCUAAAAGUCGUCUACCUCUCGAUCUUCGACUUCGACGCCGACUCGCACAGCUUCCCGAUAAAGAAGGGCGUGCUCACCAACGAGGCCGAGCACGAGGUCUUCGCGCCCGUUGCGCUCUGGCUACAGGCGCUCGAUAGCGUCCUUGAGGGACUGAAGAAGCAGGGUCUCGACUUUAGUCUUGUCCGCGGGAUAAGUGGUGCUGGGCAGCAGCAUGGGAGUGUUUAUUGGGGGCGGGAUGCGGAGAGGUUGUUGAGGGACUUGAAUGCGGGGAAGACGCUGCAGGAGCAGCUAGAGGGCGCGUUCUCGCAUCCGUUUAGCCCGAACUGGCAGGAUUCGAGUACGCAGAAGGAGUGCGAUGAGUUUGAUGAGUACCUUGGCGGCGCUGCGAAGUUGGCGGAUGUGACGGGGAGUAAGGCGCAUCAUAGGUUCACCGGGCCUCAGAUCCUGAGGUUCCAGAAGAAGUACCCGGACGUGUAUGACAAGACGUCGAGGAUCUCGCUGGUCUCGUCUUUCCUGGCAUCGCUGUUCCUCGGCCAUGUUGCGCCGUUUGAUAUCUCCGAUGUUUGCGGUAUGAACCUCUGGAACAUCCACAAGGGCGCCUACGACGAGGACCUCCUGAAGCUCUGCGCCGGCACACACGGCGUCGAAGACCUGAAGCGCAAGCUCGGCGAUGUCCCUGAAGACGGCGGCAUCGACCUGGGCAAGGUGCACCGCUACUACGUCGACCGGUAUGGUUUCAGCCCUGAUUGCACCGUCAUCCCAAGCACAGGCGACAACCCCGCGACAAUCCUAGCCCUCCCCCUCCGCCCCUCCGAUGCAAUGGUCUCGCUCGGAACAUCCACGACCUUCCUCAUGUCCACCCCCAGCUACAAAGCCGACCCGGCAACCCACUUCUUCAACCACCCCACGACGCCCGGGCUCUACAUGUUCAUGCUCUGCUAUAAAAACGGCGGGCUGGCGCGCGAGCACGUCCGCGACGCAAUCAACGACAGCAAGGGCGACGAGAACCCGUCUAACCCCUGGGCACACUUCGACUCCGUUGCCCUGCAAACCCCGCCGCUAGGCCAGAAGUCCUCUUCAGACCCCAUGAAAAUGGGCCUCUUCUUCCCCCGCCCCGAAAUCGUGCCUAACCUGCGCGCCGGCAAGUGGCUGUUCAACUACGAUCCAUCUACUGGAAAACUCACCGAAACACCCAACGGCGAGGGCUGGGACAAACCCGCCGACGAAGCCCGCGCCAUCAUCGAAUCCCAACUCCUCUCCCUGCGCCUCCGCUCGCGCGGGCUCACAACUAGUCCCGGCGGCAACAUCCCCGCGCAGCCGCGCCGCGUGUACCUUGUCGGCGGCGGAUCAAAGAACAAGACCAUCGCCAAGAUCGCCGGCGAGAUUCUAGGUGGCUCGGAGGGCGUGUAUAAGCUCGAGAUCGGCGAUAACGCGUGUGCCUUGGGUGCAGCGUAUAAGGCUGUCUGGGCGCUCGAGAGAAAGAAGGACCAGACCUUUGAGGAUCUGAUUGGGGCGCGCUGGCACGAGGAGGAGUUCAUUGAGAAGAUUGCGGAUGGGUAUCAGGAGGAGCCGUUUGAGAGGUAUGGAAAGGCUGUGGAGGGGUUCGAGAAGAUGGAACUGAGGGUUUUGGAGCAGCAGGGGAAGAAAUAA